ACCAUUUAAAAAAACAUCUACGUGGAUCAUUCCACAUCAUCAUGACGUCUAGACGACAUGACAGCUUUUAUCAGUUAUUAAAAAUUCCUCAAGCUAUCUUUACAAAACAAUGGCAAAUUUUUGGAAUUGGAGCUUUGUCUUCAGUGUUACAGUAAUUUUAGAUCUAAAAAUAUCAUCAGUGAUACCACAUCAAUUUAUUACGAUAAGUAGAGGUGACCCGAAUAUCACACAACCAGGUACAUUUGAGUUUUUCAACAGUAUUCACGGAAUUGUUAUCAAUGAAGAAAAUUUGAAUGAUGAAAAAUUUUGCACUGGAAGCUGUGAUCACUUUGAUACAGAAAAUAGAAACCGAUCAUCUUUUUUGAGUUAUCCAAAUGAUUGCAACGGACGACUACAUUCUUGCUGGCUUUAUGAAAAAACUCAAAAGAGAAAAGAUGCGUACACAAAUCACUACUUAAUUGCAAUUUCGAUGGGCAAUCGUUACAACGGAUUUUUAGAGCAGAAUAUAGCUAAGUCUUACAACACUUUCAUCCAUACUGGGAAUAUUUGUGGCUGCUUAUGUGAACGUUCUUCUAACGACAAUUUUACUCCUCGUGGUAAAUUACUCGACUCGUUUUGUCUUGAUCCUGUUGUAGCCUAUGAAGGAAGAGCCGUAACUGGUGCUCGAUUUAAAAGGUACGACAACAGAAUACAUCUCCAACUUCAGCAAGGAAUCUUGGUCAAUGGAACGAUUGAUCCAACAACAGUAAAAUGGAAAGUUAAAAGUAGUUGUAAGAAUGCACAAAAAGUGGUGUAUAACUUCAAGAAUGGUCAAUACGAAGGUUUAAAAAUUAUUUUGGAAGAUAUUAUUCUAAAGGAAAAAACAGUCGUCACAGGUGCUCUGUUUGGAUUUGCUGUUUAUGGGCUAGAUAUUGAUGAGUAUGGCAAUAUUAAUCGUAAAAAAAAGACGAAAAUCGGAUUCAAUCAAUGCGAUCACUUUUCCAGAACUACUGAUAUAUUACGUCAACGUCAAAGUCUUGUGCCACCUACUUCAUCUGUUGCGAGUAACAUAGAAAGCAAAGGUCCAUGCAGCUAUCACGUAUUAUUCGGUGGAACAUCAUUCGAGAUGGAUAAAAUACAACAUAUUGUUCCUUUCAUAGACAUGCAAGAAGUUGUAACACAGCCACCGAAACCAAUUCAUGGAAUUGGUUGGUUUCAUAAAGGCUAUCCUGGCACCAGUGGAUAUUUAUCUUUGAAAGUUUUUGUUGAAGAGGAUUAAUGAUACCAAUAUUUUCU